GGGAAACUACUGACUGAUCAAGAUAUCUAUAAUAUGCGGUACAAAGUGUUCUCACAGGCGAACAUUCCUGGUAAGCCAUUUGCCAAUUUAUAAUGUAAACGAUAGGUGAUUACGGGAAAUUGAAAGCGCACAUAACAUCUUUGGGUGGGCGAUGCGAAUACGAAUUAGACGAUGAGAACUGUCUAUCGUACUUUUUCUUCAGCACUGGUGAUCAAAAGAUUUUUGCAGACCGUUUCGGUGAUGUUAUUGGUUUGGACGGAACAUACAAGACGAAUAACGAGAAUAUCUAUUUAUAUCAGGUCGUAGCCCUGGAUAUGAAUUUGAAGGCGAUACCCGUUUGUAUUGCAUUUAUAAGUCGCGAAACAUCGACUUUGAUUUCUCGAUUCCUGUCGUUCUUCCAAGGUUUAACCAACAGUCGACAGGUGGUAGGCAUUGUGACAGAUGAUUCACCUGCAAUAGCUGCUGCCAUCAUGCAGGUGUAUCCCAAUGCUCACCAUAUCGGACGGAACGUUUGCCCGAUAUGUCAGAGACCACUUAUUAGCGAGAAAACACAAAUGGUCUACAGCUUUUCGACCAUCAGCAACGCUACUUCAACUCAAUAAUACGAACUUUGUUGAGACAAGUCACCGAAUUUUGAAGAUGCAUCAACUGAGUCGAAAAACACCUGUGCUGAGAUCUAUAUUUAGUGUGCUACUUCGCGUUGGAUAUUGGAUGGAAGCAAGAUUACAGAAAUAUACAUCAGAUUGCCGGGUAAAAGCCAACAUCGGCCAAGAGCCAGCAAUGCGUGGACUUCAGGAACGACUGACACCAGCUGCAUGUCAGGUACUGAGGCGGCACUUGCGCACUCCUUUGACGGAGUUUGUAAUGUCUGCUGACUUAUUCACGGCUGUGGACGCAACAGGGACUUACAAUGUACACCGUGAUUCCAUGCGCUGCUCCUGUACAUUUUCCAUUGAAAACGGUUUGCCAUGUCGGCACAUAUUGGCUUACUGUACACACAGUAUGACUGAUGUGAACUUACAGUCAAUUUGUGAUAGGUGGUUACACUCUGAUACUUAUCUGACUCGUAUUGCAGUUGAGAAUUAUUUCCCAAUGCAAUUGAGCCAGCCGACCAUGAAGAAUACAGUGAUUGCGUUAAUCAGGCGACUGUCUGAGGAACAAUGCAGUUCACUUUAUAGCCAGUUUUAUCAAGAACUUCACGGUAGACUACCACCAACGCCGUUGAACUUACAGGCUGAACCGCAGUUGUACAGUGGAACAAGCAUGUCGACUAACUUUACAACGCCGUUGAUGCAUCGAGGAAAUGUCGAUUUGGAUGAAACGUUAAGUAACGACGAGGAUGACGUAGUUUCUAUAAACUCAGAAGAGUUAACAGAACGGGACAUCCAAAAUGAAGAAGAUGAAGAGAACCGUUUGUGUGACAUCUGUAAUCUUGCACAGCCGCCCUAUGAAACUGGUGAUGAAGUGGGUUGGGUUUUCUGUCCUUGUGAAGCUAUGUUUCAUAGAUUCUGUGCUUAUGACCCAUCACCGAACGUACGAGCAGUACACUGUCCGAUGUGUGGCGCCAUUACCAACUAAUAGUUUGGACGUCCCACCGCGAGAACGAUUAAAGGCCCUUUUCAGGGCCACCCACAAAUUGAUUUAAA